AUGCAGAUAUGGCGUGACGCCUUGCCCGAAAUUGACACACCGGCAUUGUCUCCCUACCAAGCCGGUUGCUGGCGCCCUGUUCCUGUGCCGGAAAGCGAGCAGGUGCAUGUCUUCCACCAAACUUCUGUGGAGAUGGAGCUUCAUCACGAAUUGCUUGAUCCUAUCCGUGUGAAGACACCACUCACCUCGGUGAACCAUGAAGCUCGCGGCGUCGCCAUUGAAUGGGCUCUUAAGCAGGGCAUGGAGGUCCGAUUUCAUGAGGGCAGGCAGUGUCUUAUCUUCUUACGCACGUUUGACCCAACGCGUGAGGUGAUAUGGUUUGGUCAAGAUUCACUUGAAGCUUCUGCCAAGGAGUGUUGGGGGGUGCAUGCUGGUGCUGUGGCUAAUGGUCCUCGACAAAUACUUACUGCUCCUAUUGAUCCUGGCUGUUUCGCUAUCUCUGAGCAUGUGUUAAUGGAUGACCCGUCUUUGAGUUUCGUUGCGAUCAUCGCCGGUGAGCAUCCGAACUUUGAUAUCCAUGGUGACUGUACAAAAUUCCAGCCGCGUUGGGAAAUUGACGACUCGCAAAAGGAAAAAGCACUUGCUUGGAAUCGACACAAGAAGAAAUUUGAAGUGAAGAGCGUAAACAGUGGCCGUGACAUUCUCCACACGCUCUCCUACCAGCGAGUAUUAGAAGCCCGCCAGAUGGUAUCUAAACUUCCUAGUCCAUCCGCCGGUGCCCGCACCACCACCUUUGAGAUACGGCCUGUCUAUUCCGUUAGACUGUGA